AUGCGCGUCGACGAGCUGCGCGCCAUGCUCCAGCCGCCCUCGCCGAUCAAGGUCGGCUGGGAGGCGAAGCCGCCGUCGCCGACGAAGACGCAGUCGAUCAGAGCGAAGCUCAAGGCGGCGCAGCGGGCGCUGCGCGAGGAGCGGGCCACCCGCGACACGAAACGCCAGCAGCGCGCCGCCGCGGCCGACGCGCCGCGCGCGGACUCGGAGCUGAAGCAGGACAUGGAGCGGUCCAUGCGCGCGGCGCGGCGCGGCGCGCCGGCGCCCGGCGACGCGGCGGAGACCGUGAGCCUCUUCGUCGCGCUUCCGGACGGGACGACGUGCGCGCUCCGGGACCUGCCGACGUCCUUCACGGCCGACGACAUCCGCCACGCCCUGGAGCGGCUCUCGGCGCGCGACGGCGGGGAAACGACACAUUACCCGGCGCACGCCGUGACCCUGGUCCACGGCUCCAAGGACUUCCGGCCGGGCGAGAGCGUCGCGUACCGGGGCGUGAGGGACGGCGCGACGCUCCACCUGCUCGUCCGCGCCCUCGGCGGCGAGGGCUUCGACGACGAAGCGCCCGAAGAAGAGGAGGACGAGGAGCCCUACGAGGACGUCGGCGAGGAGGCGGCCGUCGAGGAGGCGCCGGACCGGCGCCGGUUCCUAGAUCUGAGCGACGCGGACAUCGACGGCUUCGAGCGGCGCCUCGCGACGGUGGGCGACGUGCGUGACGCGCGCAAGAAGCUGUCGCCCCACAAGUUCAAGCGCCGGGUCGCGCGGCGCCGCCGGCGCCGGCCGACGAGCCUCUCGGAGUGGGCGCUCGGCGCCGAGAAGUACGCGUGCCGCUGGCCCUACGCCAAGGGCGCGGUCUACUGCCUCGGCCUCUUCGAGGGCUACGACGGUGACCCGCGCGGCGGCCGCGGGAGCGACGUCCACGCCGGCGGCCGCAAGACCGUCGCGCGGUGGGCGCCCCGCGGCGACGACGAGCACACCUACGCGUCGACGAAGCGGCCGACGGUCGUCGUCGACGUGCUGGACGUGACGGACGGCCGGGGCCCGGCCGUCGACAUCGGCCCCGGCGCCAAGGUCGCCGUCGUCGAGGUCCGCGACGACGAGCAGCUCCACGACGACGACGACGUCCACUUCGUCGACGACGGCCACGACGUCCGCGACCGCGCGGGCGGCGGCGGCGCGGCGCGCGCCGAGGACGUCCGCGAGGCGCACAACGGCGCCAGCGGCGUGCCCCUGGGCCUGUCGUUCCGCGCGGCGAAGACCCUGCGCGCGCGGAACGGCCGCGUGUUCCUACGAGUUCUCGUGACGAAGCUGCCGCGAGGCUACGACGCCGCGGACUGGGAGGUCAUCGACGACGCGGCGCUGGACGCGCGGAGCCGCGCCGUCCAGGGCUCCGACUGGCGCGGCCGCAUGUGGGGCGACGUGCCCCUGCGGUUGAAGGUCGCCAUCCGGCGCGUCCCGAGGGUGCUGGCGGCCGUCGUCACGACCGUCACGUGCGACGCGGGCGGCGGCGCGCCGCGCACGCGCGAGAAGAAGAUCGACGACGCGCGCCUGGAGCUCAAGGUCGCCACGGAGACCAAGGCGCUCCACGUCGUGACGCCCGCGCAGGUCUUCGCCAACGGCACGGCGUCGUACGUGCUGCCGUCGUGCGACGCGGAGGUCGCGCUGACCGCGGCCCACGACCUCUACCGCGACGGCGGGUCCACGGCGCGCCACCGCGUCGGGCCGGAGCACUGGCCGCCGUCGGGGCCGCUGCGCGUGACGGCGGUCCUGGAGCCGCGGCAGACGACGCUGUCCGUCUGCGUCGAAGUCGCGCGGGGCCUGCCCGUCGACUUCCGCGACGCCGCGCGGGACCGCCUGAAGCGGAGCGACGCGAAGCACCUGAAGGUGUCCAUCGGGUCCGUGGUCGUGCCGACGAAGCGCUUGAAGCUCGAAGAGGCGAACGUCGAGGACGAGCCCGACGCGACGGUGCUCGUCGGCCUCAAGCACGCGCCGCCGCCGGGGGCGACGGUGUCGUGGCGGCCCAGGGUGGCCCUGCCGGGCUACGCCUUCGCGGGGCCCGACGUCGUCGACGUCGUCGAGGGCGGCCACGCGCAGAUCGUCCUCGUCGUCGUGCCCACGGACGUCGUCCUCGCGAUCGACGUCGACGCGGCGGACGGCGGCGACCUCGGAAGCGGGCCCGAGGUCGUCGUGCGGGGCGCGACCCUGGGCCGGCGCACCGGCGCGUCGGAGCAGCCGCUGCUGGACCUGCUCGCGCGCGGCGACCCCGCGAAGCUCUUCGAUUUGCUGCGCGGCGGCGUGCCCGUCGACGCGACGCUCUGCGACGGCAAGACCGAGGCCGGCGAGCGGACGACCUACGGCCCGCGCGACUGGCUGCCGACGGAGCCGGGCGCGGGCCGCGACGGCUUCUUCUCCGUGAAGCGGCGCCUCGCAGUCCGCGCGAAGGCGUUCGCGCGGACGCCGCUCCGACUCUUCCUCCACCCGACGGAGCUCGACGUCGACGUCGUCGACGAGGACGGCACACCACUCCCCGACGCGGACCUCCGCGUCGCCGGCGAGUCCUACGGCGGCCGCCGGGGCGUGAUCCCGCUCGUGAUCCCGAAGGCGCACGCGUCGCCCGAGACCUGGCCCUACGUCGCCCCCCUGGACGCGACCCUCGAGGGCUACAUGACGAUCACCAAGCCGCAGAUCUCCAUCUUCCCCGGGCGGCGCGCCGCCGCGACGGUCGUGCUCCGGGAGGCGGCCUUCGCCGUCGACCUCUCCGUCGUCUCGAAGCGCGCGGAGCCCUGCUUCACGCUGUCCCUCGUCGCCGGCGCCGACGCGCCGGCGGCGGCGAUCCAGAAGAUCCUGGACGACGCGAAGGUCGACGUCGACGCGGCCCUCGCGGCCCGGGAGCCGUCGCCGGCCGCUCCCAGGAAGAUGCGCGUGACGGCGGACGCGACGGCGGACGCGCCCGUGCCCUGGGACUGGCUCGGCGAGCAGCUCUGCGACGUCUUUUCCAAGCACACGGACCUCGUCGCGCGCGUCGACGUCGACGGCGGCGCCGACGGGUCGACCGCGCCGUUCGCGCCGCCGCGCGUGGCCAUCGGGCCGCUCGACUUCGGCGCGCGCCGCGGCGCCCUGAGCUGCCUCGACGAGCUCGGCGCCGACGCGACGCUGGGCUGCUACCUCGAGGCGGCGGACCCGGAGCCCUGGGCCGUCGUCGCCCCGAACCGCGUCGACGCGGCGCACGACGGCGUCGCCGCGGGCGGCUUCGGCGCGGCGGCGACCUACGCGCUCUCCAAGGUGUCCUGCACGGGCGUCUCCGCCAUCCGGGGCCACGUCGACGCCCGCGGCGAGACGUCCGAGGCCAUGGCCGUCGCCCCGGACCUCAAGCCCGGCGCGACGUCCAAGGUCGAGCUCGAGUACGCGCCGACCGAGAUCCUGGUCCGCGUCGUCGACGAGGCCACGAACAAGAACCUCGAACGGGCGACGGUGGCGCUGACCGUCGGCGCCGCGACCUACGAGCUCGGGGCGCUGCGGGGCCGCUUCGGCGUCGUGGUCCCGACAGGCGCGGCGGAGCUCGCGUUCUCCGCGGCCGCGACGCUCGACGGCUUCACGGUCCCGAAGCACAAGGAGACGACUUUUGUCGUCGCGCCGGGCGCCUGCGUGCCCGUGACGCUGCCCCUGCGGCCCGUCGACGCCGUCGACUUCGAGUUCGACGUGUCGUGCGUCGACGCGUCCGACUGGCCCAACGACCGCGAUUUGGACGACGUCGCGCUCACGGUGGGCGCGCUCGCGCUGGGCGCGCGGCGCGGCCGCGUCCACGCGCUGGACCUGCUGUCGCCCCAGGAGGCGGCGGACGUUUUGGACGGCGCGGCGGGUGCGACCUGGGCCGUGGGGCCCGCGCGCGUCGACGCGAAGCGCGCGUCCGGCGACGUCGCGACGUACGCGUUGGUCCCCCGGCCCGUCGGCGCGCCGAGCCUCGCGCCGGCGCCGGGCGCGACGGUGCGGCUGAACGUCGAGUACCAGCCGACGGAAAUCGUCGUCGAGGUGCGCUCCACGAAGUGGCGCGAGGGCGACGUGCACGCCGUCGACCUCGUCGUCCGCGGAACCGUCGUCCGCUCGGAGACGACCCACGGCCACCGGAGCCGCCUCAUCCUCGGCGUGCCCCUCCCGGACGGCGCCGACGAGGAGGUCGUCGUGCUGCGCGCCGACGGCGCCGCCGCCAGCGCCGCGGUCGAGCUCGGCAAGCGCACGCCGACGGUCGUCCUCGACCUCGACGCGGCGGCCGCGCGGUAAGACUCGGGUCUCUU